CACUCCUCUGUGGGGAUUCUAACAUUAUAAUCCGAUCGAUGGAGAAGAAGAAGUAUCCCAUAGGAGCAGAGUCUUACGUCCUAUACGAAGAGGUUGGACAGGGAGUGAGUGCAUCCGUGCACAGAGCUUUGUGUAUUCCUUUUGAUGAGAUUGUUGCUAUCAAGAUUCUCGACUUUGAACGCGAUAAUUCUGAUCUCAGUAACAUUUCUCGUGAAGUGCAAACAAUGAUCUUAAUCGACCAUCCAAAUGUUCUCAAAUCACACUGCUCCUUUGUUUCUGAUCAUAAUCUGUGGGUAGUUAUGCCAUUCAUGGCUGGAGGUUCUUGCCUACACAUUUUGAAGGCUGCUUAUCCAGAUGGUUUUGAGGAAGUUGUGAUAGCAACGAUACUUCGUGAGAUAUUAAAAGGCUUAGAGUACCUUCAUCAUCAUGGACAAAUACAUCGAGAUGUUAAAGCGGGAAACAUUCUCAUUGAUUCACGGGGUGCAAUCAAGUUGGGAGAUUUUGGUGUUUCUGCUUGCCUUUUUGAUUCAGGUGAUAGACAACGUAUGAGGAAUACAUUUGUGGGAACACCCUGCUGGAUGGCACCUGAGGUCAUGGAGCAGUUGCAUGGAUAUGACUUCAAAGCUGAUAUUUGGUCGUUUGGCAUUACUGCUUUGGAGCUUGCUCAUGGACAUGCUCCAUUCUCAAAAUAUCCUCCUAUGAAGGUAUUGCUUAUGACAUUACAAAAUGCACCCCCCGGUUUGGAUUACGAAAGAGACAAGAAGUUCUCUAAGUCUUUUAAGCAGAUGAUAGCUAGUUGCUUGGUAAAAGAUCCCUCAAAACGGCCUUCGGCAAAGAAGCUGUUGAAGCACUCUUUUUUUAGGCAAGCAAGGUCAAAUGAUUACCUAUCAAGGACAGUUUUGGAAGGACUGCCUGUUCUUGGUGAUCGUAUUAGAUUAUUGAAGAGAAAGGAAGAGGAUAUGCUUGCGCAAAAGAAGAUGCCGGAUGGGCAGAAGGAGGAAUUAUCACAGAAUGAGUAUAAACGGGGUAUUAGUGGUUGGAACUUUAAUCUUGAAGAUGUGAAGGCUCAAGCUUCCCUGAUACAAGAUGAGGAUUCAGUAGCUGAUAUGAGUACAGGAGGAAGCUCAAGUUCAUUAUCCUCAUUUGAUGCACUUGAUAAGCAAUUAGAUUCUCGGCAUUCCUCGUUGUCACAAGUCCCAGAAAUGGAUGAGAAUGACCUGACACAGAAUCGACUUACUCCUCUAACAAAAGUGGGAUAUGAAAGGUCUGAUGAUGACUCCAGCAUUAUGAGUCCACAAUAUGAACAGAGCAUUUCACAAAGUUCUUCACCUUGUUGUGAUUGUAAUGUGGAGAACAAUGUGACAGAAAAACCUUUUUCUGAGAUCAAUGGUCGACCAACGGAGGGCAUAGCUUCACAACAGAAGACAGGAGGUGCAUCAAAUGGCUCUAAUUUAGCAGAAAAUGGAGCUCCUCCUAAUAAAGGCGAAAGCGAUAAGUUGUUAUAUCAGCAAUCCAACAAUUCAAGCACGGAAGGAGAAGAUGUACUUUGUGAAAUGCAUCCUAAAGUACCUAAAGUCUCAGCAUCAGGCAGUGAUGAAGGUGAUGAAAAAGCGAAGCCACCUGUUGUUCAGCAAAGAGGACGUUUCAAAGUUACUUCUGAGAAUGUCGGUAUUGAAAAGGUGGCUCCACUGCCUAUAUUGCAAAAGAGUCAUAGCAUGCAGGUGCUUCACCAACACCAUGGACUUUCUUUACCACCAACACCUGAUUCCACAUCAUCAGGUCUCUCUGGUCCUUCUUUGUUUCCACUGCUGAAUUCAGUUUUGCAGAACAACAUUGUUCAAAGGGAUGGUAUUCUUAAUCUAAUGAGGCAAAUCUGUGGUUUGGACACUCCAGCUAACCGUGCCAUUGAUGGAGGAUCCGCACCGGCACAAUCAGGUUCCUCGGAGAAAUCUUUGCUAGAAGCAGCUCAUGAUAGAGAGAAAGAGCUGCUUCAUGAAAUAACCGAGCUGCAGUGGAGUUAUUUUGGAUUAUACAGACUUAUAUGUGCUCAAGAAGAACUCCAAAAACAUAAAACAGAAAAUGCUCAGGUAUAAUGUCAGAAGCGAUCGGGAUCAUUGGAUGAAUGUAGAAAGAAUUUUACAUACCAGGGAUCAAGAGACGCGUGAUUAAGAGAAUUUUAUUAUUUGUAGGCAUAGCUUUGUUCUGGUAAGUUAGUACUUAGAAGAGAAACUUAUUUCCCAGCUUGUGCAGAUUCACCAUUAAGUGUACAUGACUAAUGUUUUCAUUUAUUUAGUCAAUUCGGUAGUUGUAAAUACACCUUUAGUUUAAUAUUAGGUAUGUUUUCUUGUAGAAAA